GAUGUUGACACAGGGAUCAGUUCUCCUUCCAAAGGGGAAAGCAAAAAUUCAGAUCCCAGCGUCCACACAAGGGUCCUUAGAGGCCCCAGAGGGAGCUAUUGGCUCCAUCCCAGAAGGCUCAGGAAGGCAGUGGAGCUUAUAGGAAGGAGUAUGGGCUCUGGAGUCAGCCUGACCUGGCGCAGAUCCCAGCUUGUCACUGCGAGACGCUUGGGUGUGAAUGAGGCAGGAUGAACUGGACAGGUUUGUACACCUUGCUCAGUGGCGUGAACCGGCAUUCCACUGCCAUUGGCCGCGUAUGGCUGUCGGUCAUCUUCAUCUUCAGGAUCAUGGUGUUGGUGGUGGCUGCAGAGAGCGUGUGGGGUGACGAGAAAUCGUCCUUCAUCUGCAACACCCUCCAGCCCGGCUGCAACAGCGUGUGCUAUGACCACUUCUUCCCCAUUUCCCACGUGCGUCUGUGGUCCCUGCAGCUCAUCCUAGUUUCUACCCCAGCUCUCCUCGUGGCCAUGCACGUGGCGCACCAGCAGCACAUCGAGAAGAAAAUGCUGCGGCUUGAGGGCCACGGGGACCCGCUGCACCUGGAGGAGGUGAAGAGGCACAAGGUCCACAUCUCAGGGACACUGUGGUGGACGUAUGUCAUCAGCGUGGUGUUCCGGCUGCUCUUUGAGGCCGUCUUCAUGUAUGUCUUUUAUCUGCUCUACCCCGGCUACGCCAUGGUGCGGCUGGUCAAGUGCGAGGCCUACCCCUGCCCCAACACGGUGGACUGCUUCGUGUCGCGCCCGACCGAGAAAACCGUCUUCACCGUCUUCAUGCUGGCCGCCUCGGGCAUCUGCAUCAUCCUCAACGUGGCCGAGGUGGUGUACCUCAUCAUCCGCGCCUGCGCCCGCCGGGCCCAGCGCCGCUCCAAUCCGCCCUCCCGCAAGGGCUCCGGCUUCGGCCACCGCCUGUCGCCCGAGUACAAGCAAAACGAGAUCAACAAGCUGCUGAGCGAGCAGGAUGGCUCCCUGAAGGACAUACUGCGCCGCAGCCCCGGCUCCGGGGCCGGGCUGGCUGAGAAGAGCGACCGCUGCUCGGCCUGCUGAUGCCACCUGCCAGGCAACGUCCAUCCCAGCCCUGCCCCUGCCCCUGCCCCAGAACCCCUCCUUCUCCCCUGCUGGUGCACAGGCCUCUGCCGGCCAGGGAUGACUCGGCCCAAACCUUCCCUCCCUCCCUGCUUCCCUUCCUCCCAGGGCCUUCUGGCUGAGGAGGGAGCUGGAGGCCACCGAAGCCAGUGCUCAAGGUCAUCAAGGGUGUGGGCAGCUCUUGUCGCCUGUACCCCUUCCUCUUCCCUCUCCCCCUCCCUGGGGCCACUGGGGACGAGAGGUGGGAUGCUCUGACAGCAUCUCCAAUUAUGAAACUAAUCUUAACCCCGUGCUGUCAGGUGCCCUAUGUCUGCAGUCGCACCAGUGGGGAAGGACGUGGGCAAGUGGAGUGGCGGUGCUGUGGCCGUGCGGGUGGAGGAGGGAGGGUGGCAAGAAAAGGAGAAACAGCCUUGCCUUGCCGGCCACAAGGAGAAGGAGGACGACUGUGGGGUGAGGGACUUAGGGAGGGCGAAGCAGGCAGAUAAGUUGGAGUGGGGGUUGGUCGGGGCUGCCUCUGCCUCCAGUCCCCAAGGCCUCGCUCUGCCUGAAAUGUUACACAUUAAACAGGAUUUUACAGUAAAUGAA